AUGGGUGAUGGCAGGCCUUCCUAUGCUUGCUUUAACCCUGUUGAUGUUUUUGGAGCAAAACUCAUGAUCGAGGAUCUGAGAAGAUAUAUUAAGAUGAUCAAAAUGGGAAUGAAAGUGCACAUUGGAAUCCCAGAAAGAGCUGGUGACCAACAAUUUUGUCCUGUAGAUUUAUUAAGAAACUUUAUGAAGGAGAUGCAAAAUGGGAGUUUGAAGCCAUAUAACCCAUCAGAGUUUCUUAACACUUUAGAAGACAUUCUUAAAAAGACUGGUGCCAAUUUGAAAUGGGAUGCUUCAACAUGUUUUUCGGGCUUACUCGCUGGACUUGAAGAAUCUGGAAAACCAAUUGCGAAAAUUUUUUUAUCUGAAAUCAUCCAAGAGUACUACUGCCACUAUUGUUGGGUAUCAAUGAAGCAGCCCAUUGAAUAUGAAGCCAUUGAUUUGCAUGACAUUGAGGGACUUACAGUUAUAGAAGCUGUUAGGCAGUUUCGUGUUGGCAAGAUUAUUGAUCGUGAUUGUACAGUCUGCAAUCCUGGUGGUGAAAUGGAGCAAAUUGACUAUUUUAGUAAGCUGCCACAAAUUUUGGUCUUCAAACAGAAGAAAUCGGUUGCAAAUGAUGGACAGUUGGAAAAUGAGAUCAUUCUCAGAGAUCCUGACAGAACAAGACAUUUUUAUACAUUGUAUGGGGUGGUGUUGCAACAAGUAGAUGGAAAUUACAGCUCUUACAUCCACCAUGGUGAUGGAUGGGUGGGUUUUAGUGAUCAAAAUAUUUCCUGGGUUGAUAAAUUUCCAUAUGAAGACGAUCCAUGCAUGCUCUUUUACGAGAAGGGAGAUCCAAAGGUUCGAGCCAUUCAAAAUUUGCAAAACCAAUCCCUAAUAGGAUCAGUUUUACAUAUAUUGGCUGAGACAGAUGCUUUACAAUUUGCACUUCGCAACCAUCACUGUACGAAUAAAGAAGCUUGUGGAGGAUUCUUGCUAAAAAAAUUUAUGAGCGAGAUUUCAGAUGAUCCAUAUGAUGUUUCAGAUUUUUCUGAAUUAUUACCCUUGCUCUUGGAAAGAGAGAAGCAGGCCGCAGAGAAUACACCUUACAGCUUUUUUAAAGCAUUAGUUAAUGGGUUAGUACGGUGUGAAGUAUCAAAGGGGCCAAUGGAGGAUAUUUUUAUUUGUACAAGCUAUACGACGUCUCGUUGCCUUAAAUGUUCAUAUGGACCACCAUCAAUGGAUGAUAAGAAAGAUCCAUGCUUUGCAUUGGAAGUGGAUGUGAACAACAUGAAGACAGAGACAGUAGUCAAAGAUUGGCUUAUGCAUGAAGUUGAUGUACAUUGUACAUAUUGUGAAGGGGCUACUAGGUCAAGAAUUUUCCGGCAGUUUAGAAAACUUCCAGAGAUUUUGACCUUUGAAAUUAAGAUACUGGAAAAUCAUCAUAAAAAAUGUCCUUUGCUUCUGUGUUUAAGUGAUUCUAAAAAGCAUCAUCUGUAUUCUCUAUACGGAUUGAUAAAGAAAGUGAGGGUUAAAAAUGAAGAUUGUUAUUGUUCAUACAUCCGACAAGGAAAUUCAUGGGUGAAAUAUUUUAAUUCCGAUGUUCCUAUUCAAAAAAUAUUUUCUGAAAAUGUUGUGCUUCUAUUUUAUGAGAAGCAAAAGAUAACCCAGAAUUCCAUUGAAGAACAACUCAUUGAGCUUCCAAACAGUCACAAUCUGGUUCAAGUAGGAUCUCAAUCAAGUUCAAAACCCAUAUCUGGUGCGUGGACUAAAAAAGCAAAAAGAACUAUAGGAAGGAAGAGGCCAAGGCAGCAGAUCAACCCUACUGUACAACACCAGGAUUUGGAAGAGAAUGAGGAAGGAGAUGAAGCUCCUGAUGAAGAGAAUGAGGAAAGAGGGGAAGUUCCUGCUGCAUUAGAGCAGAGAAGGCAAUUGGGAGAGAGCGAGGAAGGAGGGGAAGUUCCUGCUGUAUCAGAGCAGAGAAGGCAAUUGGGAGAGAACGAUGAAGGAGGGGAAGUCCCUGCUGCAUUAGAGCAGAGAAGGCAAUUGGGAGAGAACGAGGAAGGGGGGGAAGUUCCUGCUGCAUUGGAGCAGAGAAGGCAAUUGGGAGAGAACGAGGAAGUUCCUGCUACAUCGAGGCAGAGAAGGCGAAUCAGAAUCAGGGGCAAGGAAGUUCCUGCUGCAUCGGGGCAGAGAAGGCGAAUCAGAAUCAGGGGCAAACGAGAACGAAGAUAUGCUGGAGGGUAAUAAGAUAUGGGACUUUGCAGCUGGCUCAUUCUCUUCCCCCAUAUAGACAAACCCUGCCAUACCAUUUGACUUAGUAUUCCAGCUUGAUAACUUUGUUCUACACACAUACUUUUGACUGAUCCUAAAGAUUCAUUGUUAGCUAUCAGGUUGUGGAAGGAACAGAACAAGCUUUUAAUA